AUGCGAACAAAGUUUCACACUCUAUCUAUGCCUUAAAAAUAGAGCAUUUUAUAAUCUGAACAUUCAGAUGAAUAUCAAAACAAGAAAUAGGCUAACAACUCAAAUUAUUCUAAGUUAAGAUUAGAUGAUUUAAUUAUUGAUAAACCUUAAGAAUUUAGAAUCAAAACAAGUUCUGAUAUCAAAAUGUCAUAAAUAUUAAUUAAUAAACGACUUUUAGCUUAGUCUACUAAUAUAGAAUGGAUGUAUACUUACAAAUCUACUGCCAAAUUGCAUAAAUAAUCUAAAAUGAGUGAAUAUUUAAAGUCAGUUAUUGAAGAAACUAAAUUAAAACCAAGUUUAGGAUAAUUACCUUUUGUAAAAAUACCAUAUCUCACUCACAGUGAUAUUAUAAAAGAAAAGUAUGAUUUUAGAAAGAAAAUAUUUUAAAAUCCUAGGAAAAUAAGACCAAAAUUCAAAUGAUUGUAC